AUGAGAAAUAGCCAGGAACUCUGGUUUUCAGCUCAGAUCACCAGCCUUCUCAGCAAGAAGCUUGUCCGGGAUGCCUUGCGUCACGGGGACCAAGCAACUUCCCAGCCCAUCACGUCCAAUUUCUCAGCCCUCGCCUUUCCUGUGAUCACGUUUAUUCAUGUGACCAUUGCAUUUCCCCUCAUCCUUCCUCUCACUCAGCCGCAGUCCACCAUGCCCAAGGCGUUCCUGCUGCUGUCUGCGGCCCUGGCGCUCCUCGGGCCUGUGCACGGAGCCACGCUGAGAAACCCAGACACAUGGAAGCCACUCAGCAACCCCCGAAACCGAGACCUGUUUUUCAGAACCCUUCAGGCGUAUUUUAAGGGAAGAGGUCUUGACCUUGAAAGGUUUCCAAAUACUUUCUCUACAAAUGAGACCCCCGGACCCCUCUCUGUGCAGUCAGAGCUCAUCGCCUCUGCCUUUGCCGAGUUCGAAGAGCGGAGAAACCCCUUUCCCCGCGGCCUCAAAGGCUGACGGCUUCUGCUGAGAGCAGGUAUCUGGCUAUUUUUACACCACAGAUGAAGCCGCUCAUCAGAAAAAGUCAAUCGUGGUCAUUGUUAAACUCCCCUCCCCCCGACUUUUGUCAGUUUGUAAUGGCUUUAUUCUGUAUUUCCAGAUGUACAUAUAAACAGCCUGACCUUUGGGACCUCUGUGGCUUAUGUGCGUACUUUGCUGUUUUUUCCACUUUAUAACCAUGAAUGUCAAUGUAGAGCACCGCAUAUAA